GCGCUUGUGACGUGUCGACGUCAGGUCACGGCGGGCCGGGCCCUCGCGCAGCGGUUUCGACGUCAGAUGUUCGGAGAGCGAAAUUAAUUUGUCGGAAACGGAGGAAACUGCGGUUGACCAGCAACAUUCCGAAGGUUGGUUUUGCUCUCGGUCGCUGUAUCGUGUUGCUCCCACACAGCUGUUUUCAGGAAGAUGGAUCCAAAGGACGGGAAGCGAACCGAGUCAUGCAGCAGCCCUGUUUGUGUGAACAACCCACACCUGGAUGCACUGAAAGAUGACGUCCUCUACCACUUCAGUUUAGGAACCGGAACUCACAACCUACCAGCUAUGUUUGGUGAUGUCAAAUUUGUGUGUGUCGGGGGCAGUCCCUGGAGGAUGAAGUCAUUCAUUGAGUACAUUGCCUCUGAGCUCAGUAUGGAAGACCCCAAAUCAGAGUACCCAAAUAUCUGUGCUGGAACAGACCGCUAUGCUAUGUACAAAAUUGGUCCUGUACUCUCUGUCAGUCAUGGGAUGGGCAUCCCAUCUAUUGCCAUAAUGCUGCAUGAGCUGAUAAAGCUCCUCCAUCAUGCACAUUGCACAGAUGUUACAAUUAUACGCAUUGGGACAUCGGGUGGAAUAGGGCUUGAGCCUGGCACUGUUGUCGUCACCAAGCAAUCUGUGGAUGCCACCUUCCUGCCCAAGUUUGAGCAGGUGAUCCUGGGGAAGACGGUGGUGCGCAAUACUGAUCUGGACCAAAGCCUGGCUGAGGAGCUGUUACAGUGCAGCAAGGAGCUGAACCAGUUUGAGACAGUGAUAGGCAACACCAUGUGCACGCUGGAUUUCUAUGAAGGACAAGCCCGCUUGGAUGGUGCUUUCUGCUCCUACUCUGAGAAGGAUAAACAGGACUACCUCAAUAAAGCCAGUGAAGCAGGAGUCUGCAAUAUUGAAAUGGAGUCAUCAGUGUUUGCUGCCAUGUGCAAGCUGAGUGGCCUGCGAGCGGCUGUGGUUUGUGUGACAUUACUGAAUCGACUGAAGGGGGAUCAGCUGAGCAGCUCCCAUGAAGUCCUUCACAAUUACCAACAACGUCCGCAGAUACUGGUUGGCUCCUACAUUAAGAAGCAGCUGAGGGCCAGGGCUGCACGUAGCUAAGUGCAACAGUUAUUACACUGGUAUGCAAGCAUACACCAAAAUUUGGGCAUCUUCUGUUGAAACUUAUUGAACAAUGAAAAAGGGGUGCACAUAAUGCAAUAACUCAGCUUUAACUGAUUUUUUUGUAUACAUUCUUUGCUGCUAACCAGAAGCCAUACCUUUUAAUAUGUCCAGAAUAAUGACUGAAUUUCUGAAAUUAUGCACUGCCUUCUGUUUAUUUCACCGUCAUAAUAAACCAGCAUGCACUAUUUGCUUCCUCUUGUAUUUAAUUUAAAUACAAUUUGACUGAGUGUUAUGUAAAUGUCAUGUAACAGCCUAUGGCCAUCAAAUAUGUCUUAUUUAAGGCUGCCUCUGUUAUACAACAUGCAAAGUAUCUUAUCCACAAAACUUGAACCAUUUCAUGACUUUUGGUCAGUGUGUGCUUACAAAGGUGCUCUAAUGAAAUCACCUUAUCUGUCAUCGAAUUGUUCCUUUUUCCCUUGAAAGCCAAAAAAAUACACUGAUAUUGAUUAAUGUGUGUCCUUUUGGUCCUUUUGUUGUCAUUGAUUGUUGCAAAACUCUACAAAUUUGUAUCACCUGGAUUCAUUUUAUUAUGCAGAAUGUGUGUUGUGUGUGUGUGUGUGUGUGUGUGUGUGUGUGUAACUGCAGUAUAAUCUCACUCAUUCAUAGAGGGAAAAAAAUCC